ACUGCAGACUUUAGUAGCUUACCAGCGCGCAGUGCAUGGCACUAGCGUCCAGCGAGCGUUAUGCGCUCUGUGAAUAAGAAUCAUGUGUGAUCCAUCGUGACUUGAUGCAUCACCGUAGUUUGCUUUUCCUACGCAUUUUCCGCGCCAGACCGACAGUAUCCGAAAGCGCUGCCUGGCUGGUCCCGUUCGCUCUCGCAGUAUCUUAAGAGUCUUAACGCCUCGCGCGUCAUAACCCCUCUCCCGUCCCGUCGCCUCGCGCUUGUGAAAGGUUCCUAACCAGCAGGCCAACGCGCCGCCCCCAUCGCCCUUUUUUCGUAGCUCCUGUCUUCCUUUCCCUCGCCUGUUGACCUAACCAUCACGGCUUCUCAUGACCUGAUACUCCUCGACUCAUGUAAACCCCGUUUUAAUCACUCCUUUCACAAUCGUUCACUCUUCCCUUCUUGACGGGCCCCCGUUAGAAGCAUGAUUCGUGUUAGUUCUCGUCUAAUCACCUGAUAGUAGCGUCACUGGUUGCAGGCCAGCCCGCCAUGACCAACCAUGCGGAAAAUCCCCCCCAUUCGCACACCCCCUUCCCCCCUUCCUCCGCCUCUCCUGCACCACCGCAACUCCUCUCCGCCCAUCAGCUAACCGCGCUAGUACAAGCGCAAGCGCAGCCGCAACUGCAACCGCAAGCGCAGGCGCCAGCCCUGGCGGGAUCGACCAUGGAUUUGCGCGUGCGCCUGCUGGAUGGCGCGGUGCAGCCGGUGCGCGUGCCACGUGGCAUCACCAUCCACAAGCUGCGCGCCGAGCUGCAAACCCGCGGACUCAUCCCCCCAAACCUCCCCGCGCGGGACGUGCGCCUUAUCCACGUCCCCCUUUCCGCUGCUCCCCCGGCGGCGGGUCUUUCAGGGGAGGCCGCGGGGCCAUUGGCGCAAGAGAGGCAGGCGGGCGGAAAGGAGGUGGCGGAAGGGAGGGGUUACCUGGGGGCGGGGAGAAUCCCGCCAAAGGUGCUUUCGUCGAAGCUUCUGACACUCGGAGAGUGCGGAGUGGACAAUGGGGACACUCUCGUUAUUGCCCGCAUUCGAGCCCCGGCACCAUGCCAGCUGGCGGCUCCUGAUUCGUCAGCAGGGACAGCAACAGGAGCAGCAGCAGCAGAGACUAUUCCCUCGAGGGAGAGCAUAGACCGGGCCAUUGAAGCAGAGUGCGCCAGGAGGGGUAUUCCCCUGCCUCCCCCUGCUGCUGCUGCGACCACAGGCCUUGGAAUGCCUACUUCUGCUGCAGCCGCUGCUGCCGCUGCCAUAGCUGCCGCGCAGCGGGUGCGGGUGGUAGCAGACCCUGUGCUGCUGGAUCGCCUUGUGGAAAUGGGCUUCCCUCGCCUCAUGGCCCGUCACGCGCUGGAGCUACACCGCAACCGCCUAGACCCUGCCGUAGAGUGGCUGAUAGAGAACCCAGACGCGGAAGAGGAAGUGCUGCAGGCAGAGUCCGCUGCUGCUGCCGCUGCUGCUGCUGCUGGGGGCGGGGGCGGGGGCGGGGCAGGAGGGGCAGGAGGGGCAGGCGGGGCAGGAGGGGCAGGAAGAGCAGGUGAAGGGGGGGUUGGGGGAGGGGGAUCAGAGGGAGCAGGGGCAGCGGCAGGGGCUGUGACUGGAAGUGGCACGGGUGGUUCUGGUGCUGCUGGGGGCGUUGGUGACGGAGCAGGGGGCUCUGUUGCUGGUGCUGGUGCUAGUGCGGGUGGUGGUGCUAGUGCGGGUGGUGGUGGUGGUGGUGAUGGUAGUGGUGGUGAGAGUGGUGCUGAUCGGGUUGCUGCAGCACGUUGUGAAGGCGUGCCUUUUGUAGCAGGCGCCACAGCAGGAGUAGUAGAAGCAUCAGCACCAGGAGAAGCGGCGGGAAUUGACCCCCCUGCAUCCUCAGCACUGGCAGGCGGUGGAGGAGGAACGGGUUCAGGGGUGAGUAGCGAGGCACCAGCAGCAGCAGCAGCAGCAGCAGCAGCAGCAGCUGCCGGGGAUGUAGCCAUGGCUGGCGCACCAGCAGCAGUGCAGGAGGGAACGCGUGCAGGGGCAAGGGAGGCACCGGCAGGGGCGUCCGCAGGCUCUCAGCAAUCACAGGAGGGUCUGCCUGCUGACUUGGCAGAGGCAUGGGCUCAGAUCGCAGGCAUGCAUGACGAGCGGUCAGUGCGCGCAUGGAAUCGGAUGAUGGCUCUGCAGACCAUCAUGGGCGCCUCCUCCUCCUCCCCCUCGCCCUCCCCGUCGCACUUCUCCUCCUCCGCGCAACCACACCAAGCAGCAAGGGAUGCCUUCCGGGGUGGUGUGGAGGGUGGGGAGGGAGGGGAGGAGGGGGAGGAGGAAGCAAUGGAUGUGGAGGGCGCUGCUUUGUGGGCCAUGGCGAAUGAGAUGCUUCGGCACGGGUUGACAAACCCGCGCGUUCGGCAGGCAAUUAGUGACAUGCAGGACAACCCGCACGCCAUCUACACAUUCCUCAACGAUGCAGAGGUUGGCCCGAUUUUGGAAAGUUUUGUUCGAGCCGCUAGUGCUGGCCCCAUGUCGCCCCCCUAAGCUGUGAAUUAGUGGCUCGGUUCUAGGUUGCCGGUGCAUGUAGUGUUACUUCUGUUUACGGUACGUCGGUGAGUUGCUAAAUUCGAGUUGGUAAUUCAUGUGAGCAGAAGUGAACAAAGUCAGAGUUAGCCAUUGUAAUCAUUCGGUCAUUACUAGAGCUACUUGUAUUUUUAGCUUUGUAAAUGUUUGUGU